AGACAUUAUCACAGCUACUUUGAACAUGACCCUGAUAACCAAACGUUGCGCUGUAAAAGUACCAGAUGACGGUGACUAAGGCAUCUCUGUGAAAGCAACCCUUUAGAAAUGAGGUGUCUGUCCAUGUGGAUCAGUUGCAAUGUUGUUUUCGUGGAGGGAACAGGUACUUUAGGAGGGAACAUUUUCUUUUGAGGAGCUGGUUCCGUGGAAAUAAACAAACUUUAAGACUUUAGCAUAAGCACGUUUGCUCAUAUUGAAAUGUGUGGAACGGUUUGCAUUGAUAUCGGUUUAAAUCUUCGUCUAACUAGUCACCAAGCAGUUCAAAAUGCCCUUUUUUUCCCUCCUCAGUUGCGUGUUAAGUAAUUCAUUUUAAUCCGGCAUGGUUGUAAACCACCAAUGUCAAGCUUCAGGACACACAGCAGUCAUGUCUCUCACACUCCUACACACUCCUUCCCCUAGCAGAGCCUUUUACACACCCCUGUGGCUUGGACGCACGCACGCACCCCACGCACGCACGCACCCACGCACACAUCCACCGGAGCCUGAAAAUCUGUCAAUUCCUGCCGCGUGGUCACGUGGCCUCCUCCUCAGUGGAGUGGAUGGAGAUGGCUCUCCACGUCAGCUUACGUCUCCCAAUUUGCGCUUAGCGAACCUGCUUCAAAGAGGCGAGAGGCACGGCGCUUCAGAGCCAUGUUCGGGGCGGAUAUAGAGGAAUCGGAGCCCAGCGCAGAGUUGUAGACGCGGCCGAGCGACGAUGAUGGAUUUUGACGAGCGGGUCCCCGUCGGAUCGAACAUGUACUUGCCCAGUUGCACUUACUACGUGUCGGCGGGGGCCGAUUUCUCGGGUCUUCCCUCGUUUUUGUCCCAGACCCCUUCCACACGCCCAGUGACGUACUCCUACUCCUCUAACCUGCCGCAGGUCCAACCGGUCAGGGAAGUGACAUUCAGGGACUACGCGGGCAUCGAGGCGCCCGGCAAGUGGCCGCACCGGGGGAACUUGCCACAGUGCUACCCGAGCGCGGAGGACAUGGUGCACCGGGAGUGCCUGUCGGCGCAGAGCGCCGUCGUGGGUGACGUCUUCGGCAAAAACAGCCCCUAUCACCACCACCACCAUCACCACCACCACUACGGCGGCGGAAGUGGAGGAGGAGGAGGCGGCGGCGGCGCGGGCGCUGGCUCCGCAGCCGCGGCCAGCUUCUACGGCAGCGUGGGAAGGAACGGCGUCCUCCCGCAAGCCUUCGACCAGUUCUACGAGACGGCGUACGGCAACGCGUCGGAGAGCUCGCCGUCGGCCAACGCCGCCUUCUCGGGGGACAAGGCGGCUGCGAGCAAGCAGCCGGAGCAGGCGCCGUCCUGCCGGGACUCCGAGGCGAAGGAGCCGCGAGAUGAGACCAGCAGUCCGGAGCUAUCUUCCGGCAACAACGAGGAGAAAUCCAGCAGCGGCAGCAGCAGCAGUGGACAGAGGACGCGCAAAAAAAGAUGCCCCUAUUCCAAAUAUCAAAUCAGAGAACUUGAACGCGAAUUUUUUUUCAGCGUGUACAUAAACAAAGAGAAGCGGCUGCAACUGUCGCGGAUGCUCAACCUCACGGACCGUCAAGUUAAGAUCUGGUUUCAGAACCGCCGCAUGAAGGAGAAGAAACUGAACAGGGACAGGCUACAGUACUACACGUCCAACCCUCUGCUUUAGUGGACCCAGCAAGCAGGAGAAGCACAUUGCUCGGGUUCCCUCUCCUGUGGGACUACACAGGGUGCGUUCACGGACGCCACGACUCCCCCCCCUCAACGUUUACCACAGUGGCCGAGGACGGCUGCAAUAACAUUGCUAGAUUGUGCGUUUCAAGUUCGAGGACACGCAAUAUGCGCCAUUAUGACGCAGCCAUUAACGGGGCCGUGAUUUUGCGCAUCAGACUGAUUUUUUUUUGAAUGGAGAGAAAAAAUAUGGAAGCUGUUUUUGUCCCCCUUUGGUGCGCUCCAGGUCUGUAUUCGCCAAAGGCCCGUGUUAUUAUGCCGCGUUUGUUCUUGACAAGGGCAAAAAUAAAAAAGCAGCCAUUAAUGGGCUGCUUAAAUGUAUUUUGUAAUCAAAAAUGAUAUCUAAUUUCAUUUGUAUUGUCUGUUUAAAUCAGAAAUGUGCUGGAUUUAAAAUCAAGGGGAAUAUCUUGAACUAUACAGGGGGUCAGGUGGAGUCUAUUGGUGUGACCAAACGAGUCCGUAUCCGCAGAAGAAUGUUGGUUUAUCUGUUCAUAUGUGCUUAUUUAUUUUGUACGGCCGCUCGUUUUACUCUCCUUCUAUGCCACGGCUGUCCGAGUCCCAGUCCACGCAUACGGCUGGUGGGAUUCCACCUCAAACCACCUUUUCUUAUCUCUGACGGCCGCCCCCGGGGGAAAAAAAGGGGGGUUAACUAUUUAUAUAAUGCGUAUCUUUUAAAAGUCUGAAGCCAUGCCGUUGAUCACAUGCGGGCCAAAACCAGACAGAUAAGCUUUGUCCGCUUGGAUCCGUACGGAGUUGCCCUGAGGUGUUCUCGCAGGUGCAGCUUAUUUCUCAUCCCCCCCUCGAUCUGUGGACGUCUAUGCAUCAUUUUUAUAGAUUUCAUCCUUGCUGAUGUGAAAACCAAAAAAAUACGCAAAAAUAUCUAUUUUAACCCAUAGGUCCCGUCCAAAUUUCACCUAAUAAAGGUCAGACUCAGUUAGCCAAUUAGAACCACUUUUCAAUCUUAGUUAGGGGCGUUAAGGUGUUUUUCAUAUUUCACUUCUCAUCCUAAGCGCUGAUUAAACUGAAUGUGAUGUGGUAUUUUCUUGUUUAUUGUAUUACAUUUUACUGGGAUGUCCCGCAGCAACAUAUUAGACCUCAUUAUCGGUUUUAAAUGCGCAAACACAUUUGAUUGCGCGUUCAAAUCUUUAAAAAUGCAUCCCAUCUUUCAACAAAUACAGCUAUUUAUUCUUUAUUUGGAACAGAAAUUCAGGACAUUUACCACUUCCAAAUCUGGCCGGUACAAAGAAGUUGAAUGUCAUAAUUGGUUGGUCCAUUUCAAUAAUAUCUGGACGGUUUUUGUUUUUUAAUUUUAAUUUUAAUUUUUUUGUUUCAAUGUCUAGUCAAGAAGUUGCUACUAGAAGAGAUUCUGCUGCAGAAAAGUCAAACCCUAAUUGUUCAUGGCAAAACCUAGUUUUAAAAUUCCUUGGUGUGCUCAAGACUGUAGAAUAUUUGUACCAUUUACCAAAUAUGGUUGGAUACGUUCAAGUUUUAAUUUUGGACUGGGAUGUAGAAAUUUAGGUUAUUUUUUUAGUUCAAGGUGUCCAUCCAAAUUUGACCUAAAGAGAGACAAUGAAUGUCAGAAUUAGAACCACAUUUAGACAUUCAUAAACGCCUAAAGAUGUAGUGUUACCUUUUUAUAACCACAUUUUUUUUUUAGCUGUUUUUAGAAUGCAGUUUUUUUUCCCUUUUAUUUUAGUCAAACAUUUAUCUGCAGGAAUUCCGGUACAAAAACGUCUUCACCUCAUCACGUUGAAGCUUUACAAUACAUUUUUACAUUAAAACGCUUUGUUCAGCUUUCUUGCAGCUUCAUUCCACCAUUCCCCAAAUAUGGCUUUAAAUUUUUUUUUUUUACCAAAAUGUCAAAAUUAGAUAUUUGGCUCAUCCCGUCCAUGUCUUUUCCUAAACAAAGACAAUGAACGUCAGGCUUAAUGAACCUAUUUGAUCCAACCAUGUUUCAUCCAAACAUCAGUAGAUAUAUUAAUUGCCCUUAUUUUACGUUAUGUAGACGGAACUUUCUCUUGAAUUUUGUAAGAGAAGUAUUUGAGCUGCUGCCUUUAUUUUUAUUUUCACACUUGUGACAAACAUUUUUGAGUAUGCAGCGUUAGUCAGUUGCUUUGGUUUGGCCAAAUCACUGUUGUAUUGUACUGUAUUUCCAGAUAAAAAAGACUUACUGACUGAAUUGAAUACACCCCCCCCCCAAAAAAAAACAACGUGAUUUUUUUUUUGCCAAUUCCUCCUGGUCUAGGCUGUUUACCUUUUUAAAAAAGUUUGACCUUGUCUCUUAAAUAUACUCCCAACACAUUGAUCAGACUAGGUGGCCUGUUUGAAUCGCCUCAUGUAGAUACACACCGGUCUUUACAUAGACGUUUUUUCACGGAUUUUCUAGCGUUAUUUAGACAGAGGGCUAUACAUUGUCGUUUCUUUGUCUGAUUAAAAGAUUUUUGCACGGGAGUGGGAGGCUGUGGAUUUGGUCUGCUGUUGGUAACAUGAUUGUUUCCAUGACUGCUGAUCCUUGCGCUUUCAAAAAAAAAAAAAAAGAAAAAAAAGAAAAAAAAAAGAAAACAAAAGGAAAAGGGUUCAUGCAUUAAAUCAAGUGCUUUGGUAUGCCCAAAUUGUGUAUUAUACUAUAUUUCCAAAUAACAAUAAAACCCAAAAUAAACGUUUACUGAAAAACAA